AUGGCUUCCACGGAGGCAACCCUAGCAAGCCAAGAAGAAACCUCAUCCAGCGAGUCAUCGGAAAGAUCGCCAGAUGGACUCAAAGGCGGUCCCGUUGCUGGAGUUGCCAUUGGCUGCCUCAUUGCUGGUCUUGCUCUGGGAUCUAUAGCAGCUUUUUUACUUCUCCGGAGACGGCGGAGAGUCAAACCAGCAAACGAAGGAUUCGUUUUAGCAGACCAAAAAUACACGGAACCAAAGGAUGGGACACAGGUCAUAGUUUCAUCGUCGAGACACGAUGCUGAACUCAGUCAAUUUCUUCUCGAGGCAACCCCGGACAAGGACCUCCAAGCAGAGUUACGCUCACUCUCCGAACUCAUUUACCAGCAUGUCGAGAACUAUUACCGUAGACCCCAAGUCCAGGCCGACGCCGCUGAGGUGGCUCAGAGCCUUACCAAUAUUGGCUACUCAUCAGAAGCGUCAGGACUACAGGCAGACACAGUUGCUGCCAUUUGCCUCAGCCCCAAGACCUCUCAAAUUGGACUUCGUCAUGUCCUCUCGCAUGUCAUCUUUCGGAGCCUCGAUUUCAGUUCCGGCAGCAGCUUGUCUAUGCUUCCACUAGCGGUAGCAACAAUGGCGCAAAGAAGUCGCUCAGCUGAAAAUGCAAACAAUCCUGCAAUUACCUUGGCACGUUCAAGGUGGCGCGCUCUCUCUGCUCUGCUUCUCCAUCCUAACCCGGAGGAGAGAACACCACUCCCGGUGUCAGUGACAGAAGCUUCCCCUAUGGCUCUAUCUCUUGCGAACGAGUUUAACCAGUUCUUGGAGGUGUUUGUUACACAAGACCCUGCUAGCCAACAGGAUCAGAUGAAUCAUCUGCAGGCUGUCAUUCUUGAGUGUACCAAACUGGGCUAUGUCGUUCUAUCGCAACCGAGUGACUGGGGGUUUGUUUUUAGCAACAGUACAUCCAUUACAAAAAGCCGUAGGAUCGUGAUCGCCCAAGGAGGUGGUGGCACCAGAGACUCUGAGUUCCCACAUCUUCAACAUCUCAUAGAACUACGUCACGAAUGCCUCCAUCUUCUUCAGCGCCGCCCAAAGGUUCUUGCCCGCGUACACAACAUUAUCGAAUCAGCUCAAAGAGGACUUCAAGAAGUCUGCGAGAUUGUCGAGAGGUGUCGCCCGGAGGCCGACAGAGGUGGAAAGACCACAUUUUCAAAACGCAUGGCGUGGGUGCUUGUAGAUGCGAGUGAGUUCAAGAGCCAGGAGCCUAUUGUUAGUCGACAUCAUGCCGCUGUGCUUGCUGAGUUGAACUUUUUGAGACAGAUAGCUCUUUUGGCUCCUGUUCCUGAACCCGUGAAAGUUAAGGAGAAGUGUGGUGUAAGAGAUGAAGCCGCAGUGUUUGAUAAUGUCGCGCUGCUAGGGGAUCUUCUUGGUGAUGUAACGGGCAAGUUGAAGAGUCCUAUCAUAUAUAUUCAUCGACACAAUGAUCUAAUAGUAUGUGUCACUCUAGCUCCAGCCAGGAAACCACCAAUUGCUCAAUCUAUUGAUCCUCCAACUCCAACCAUAGUUUUCAACACAAACGCAGAAUCGGCAACACCAACGACUCCAUCCUCGCUCCAAGUACCUCAGCCUCUUCAUAGAUCAACGAGUUCGCAGACGAUGCAUAUAGAACAUGCGCCUGAACCACUACCAGAACUUGUUCCAGUCAACAUGAACAGCACAGCUCUACCUAAAUCUUUCACUUCAAGUGCCACUUACGAUAGUGAGUCCCUCGCAGGAUUGAGUCUACUUCUAGGAGACCCCUUAGACUGGAAACACUCACCGCCUCUGGCGCUAUCUAACAAUGGUCCAUUGAAUCGACCAGUGACGGCUCCAUCUCAAGGACUGCCUGCACAGUCCACUCAUAAUGGUUCUGAUCAACAUCUUCCACUUCAUAGCCCUUAUGAUAGUGUCUCUGAUCUGAGCCAAACUAGUCAGCGAGCAAGCUUCAACUGCACUCCUUCACGUCUAUCAUCAAACAUCUCAAGCCCUUAUCAUCAGCAACAUUCACUUCCAAUACCCCCAGCAGCUACACGAUCAGCAUCUCAGCUCCACCAUAUGUCGUCCGGUCACUAUCCGGGGCAGCUCACGGGGUCAAAUUCGUCUUCUACAACAAUAUCUUCCAUCUCGUCCGGUUUAACAAGACAUGAAUACAGCUGGAUACCGCCAAUUGCUGAGCUUGAUAGUUCUCCACACCAUGUGGUUCCAAUUGUUGGUGCAUUGAACCAUCUAAAUCGAAACAGCGAGUUGUCAGUGGACCAGAAACUCGCUAUCCAAAUCAACACAACACCUGUCGAGCUUCCAGCAGAGGAUAGGCUACCCACGAACAUAAACCCAUACUGUCAACUUUCCGUCCGGGGUCUAACAGAAGGGGGCGAGCCAUCAGUCAACCAACAUCAACAUCAUAUCAGCAAAUAA